AUGUCUUUCAUUACGAAAAGGGAGCGUGUGUUCAACGAAUACGAUCUGUUCGACUUGCCGGCGAGGAACGAAGGGAAAUUGAAGGCGUACGCGUCAUGCACAGACGCGAGAGCUUGGUCCCACUUCUGUUCGGACAAGAGUGAGCACUUGGUGGAGGUAAUAAAGAGGAACAACGAGACGGUCCAACCGAAGUAUGUGCCGACGGAUGUGAUCGUGGACACGCUCAUGGUAGCCAAGAAUGCAGAGAUCGCACGCUUGAAGCGCAAAAUUGAAGAGUUUGAGCAAUUGUUGGCUGCAUAUGACCAACUCGACCUCACGUGCGAUCAGAGAUGCGAUAUUGCUCAAGCUCAUGCAGCAAUAAGAGCGGCCAAUAAAGAGCUCGAUGAUUUGUGCUUCGAUUUGGAUUUAUCCGGUUUUACAGAAGGCAUUGAUUCAGAAGGAUUUGCGACCGGCAAGUCGACAGGUGAUGGAGAUGAGCCGCAAACGGACUCAAAAGGCAUUCAAAGCAAUAUGAUGAAGUGUACAUGUGAUGAAUUUACUCUUUCAAAAGACAAGAGAAUCGACGAAAUGCAAGAAUGCAUAAUUACGAAAGACGCGAAAUUAAAUGCCAUGAAAAACACUAUAGCUGUGAUGGAAAAUGAUGUUUGCGAACCUUAUUGCAUUUAUGCUCACAUUUAUACUGCAUUGGAGAAAAUAUUCGCCACUCUUUGCCAAAAUGACAAGUAUAGCCAGUACUUGAAGUUAUUGACCACUGGUAAAGAUAUUUUUUGUCUCGAUAUAAAAGGUAAAAUACUAUUUAAACUGCUGGUAUUGGAAAAAUUCUGCGUUGCGUUAAUAGCUCCUUGCACUCAAGAGUUUAUUACUGAAAGUGAUGAUAAAAGCGAGGAUUGUGCUUGCUACCGUGUUGACGUAUUAUCCCGUGUUAACCCAACGUUUGCAGUAACAUCAUCAGAAUUAAAACAUCCUACCCUAGACAAUAAAAGAGCUCAGCUUGUUGCGGACAUUAUAGAAAAUGACGAAAUGAAGGAGAUUUUGAGUAAAGAAAAUUCGACCAUCAAAGCUGAUGAAGAGCCCAUUGAUGAUGUCCUCAUAAUUGAUAAUUACAACAUAGACACGGAAAACCUCAAACGCUUGAAAAGCCUACAAGGAAAUUUCAAUGAAUUAAUGUUAUGUUAUGAAAAAUUAAAACUCGAUAAAGCUAUUUUAGAAAAACGUUGUGAGAAGUAUCAAGAAAUGGAACGUGAAUUAGAAAAUUUGAAAAUGCAAAUGAGAGAAUAUAAUUCUUUGUGGAAUGAAAAAGAGCAUUAUCGAAAGCGCUCAGUUGAUCUCGAUAGCCUUAAAGAACAGUAUCUUAUAUUAAGUGAUGAAACUUCUAAUUUGGAAACACAAUUAAAAGCUGAAUCUGAAAUUAAUCAUAUCAAAUGUAGAGCAAUGGAUUCUUUGCGGAACGAAAAUAUUUCCCUAGAAAAGAAAUUAAAUGAAGCAUCGAUUGCUUUCGAAAAGGAGAAAAACGUUUUAUUAUGCAAGUUAAAGGAAGCUGAAUGCAGAAUUAUGUGCCAAGAACAACAGAUAAAAACUUUAUCCUUGCAAAUUGACAAUAUAAUUGAACAAGAUCACGCAAAGCCUCUUCCAAGAGAUUCGGAAAAUCAUACAUUAUCCUUGAUGGAUGACCUUCAAUCUUGUAAAGAACAAAUAAAAAAUUUAAGGGACGCUCUAUUUUGUAAUGAAGAAGAAAAACAAGAGUUACAAAAGCACUACCAGGAACAGUUGGAACUCAUUAACGAAUUGAAGUUGGAAAUAGUAGAUUGGAAAACUACAUAUGAAAAAACCAUGCAACGUAAUGAGUACUUGGAAGAGUAUAAAGAAAGUUUGUUAGAAGAAACUAGAUUAUUAAAAGAGAAUUUGAACGAAAACACAUCAGCUGUAGAAAACUUAAUGAACGUUAUUAAAAAUAAAUCCCAAGAAAUCAAUAAAUUAAUGCAGGACAUGGAAAGAAAGAAGGAUGAAAACAGGGACUUAGUGGGGCAACUAAAUGAUAUGAAGGAAAGAUUUAGUUCCAGCCUAGUGUCGAUGGAAAAAGAAAAGUUACAAGCUCUACAAUCACUGCAGGUAGCGCGGCAGGAAAGCCAGGAGUUAUUAGAUAAAGUUAAAGAUUAUGAUCAGAUGAUACACAAAAAAGAAAACACGACAAAAUCUUUAGAGCAGCAAUUACAAGAUAACAAAGAACUUCAAGAUUCUCUAAUGGAAGAAAAUAUGAAUUUGAAAAAAGAGUUAUCUAUCCGCGAUAAUAAAAUCUCUCUUUUACAACAAGAGAUUAAACGCUUACGUGAUGUGAAUGAAUAUGCAGUCAAUAGUAUCAAUAGUCUAGAAAAUGAAAAAAAACAAUACCAGAUUUCUUUGGAUGUAACACGCAAAGAAAGUGGUGAGCUGAAAGAUAAAAUGAUGCAUUACGAUAAUUUAAGCGUUCAACUACAAAGUUUACAAGAAGCACAUGAAAAAUUACUUACAGAGAAAUCGCGCCUCGAAAAUGAAUUGCUUGAAAAAACGUUCGAACUUGAAAACGCAAUCCAUACAAUUAAAUUAAGUAAAAGAGAAAGCGAUGAGCUUAUUGAUAGAUUACAGCAAUCUCAAGGAUCAAAAGAUAAUGAACUCUCUAGACUUAGUGAUGCGUAUCAAAAACUAUCCACGGAAAAAUAUGCAGCUCAUAAGGAACUCAUAGACAAGAAACGAUAUAUAGAGAACCUUUUGCAAACAUUAAAUACUGUUACUCUAGAAAAUGAACACUUAUUGCAUAAAUGUAAACAUGCCGAUGAUUUAGAACAAGAAUUAGAAAGUUUGAAAAAGGCUUAUGCUGAAUUAUCAUACGAAAAAAGUAUGUUACAUAACGAUUUUCAAAACAAAACGGAAGAAUUUAAUCAUUUAUAUAAUACUUUAGAAAAUAAAAUUGAAGAAAAUAGAGAACUAAUUGAACAGAUAAAAGCUUUAGAAGCAAAUCAAGCUAUUAAUUCAUCGGACGUGAAAUCAGCACGAGAUAGAUUAAAUGUCAUGAAGACCCAAAGUGACGAAUUGAUAAAUAAACUUAAAUAUUAUGAAACUUUGGAAACCGAGUUCGAAAAACUUAAAAAAGCUCACGAUGAUGUAAAAAUGGAGAAAGAUAAUUUAGAACUUAAAAUGAAAAUGCAAUUUGGUGAUCUGAAGAAAAUGGAACAAGAAAAUGAAGACUUACAAAAUGCUUUAAUAGGAACGAGAACUGAGCUUAUUAAACAAUCUACCGGUUCAAUCGAGCCGUAUAGAGAUAUAAUACAGGAAAUCGAAAUAAUACGUGAAGAGAAACAAAACAAUCAGAUAAAGAUUAGAGACCUGCUCGACAAAUUGGAAGAAGCCGAAAAUGCCAUAUCUUCACUUAAUGACGAUGUUUAUGCUCGGGAUAGUAAAAUAGCAACUUUACAAAACCACUUGAAUGAAUUGGAGGAAGAAGUAACUAGACUUCAUUCUAGCCUGGCUGAAGUAAUUGACACCGGUGAACAAAUAAAAGAUUUCAGUUUUCAGAAGCUUGAUUCUUUGAAGAAUAUGGAAGCUCAUCACUCUCGAGCAACACACAACAUGAAGAUGGAAUUAGCAAAACUACAACAAGAAAACUCUUUGCUAUCAGAACAACUAUCAGUAACAAAAGUACAAUCUGAUGAAUUUUCAAGAGAUACGUUUAAAAUUUUAUCUCAAGUAAAACACCUACAAAAUGAAAGAGAAAUAAUUGUUACUGACAUUAAGCAACUGGAGCUUAAGACCGUCGGUGAAAGUGACUUAGCACCAAACAAAUGUAAUGCAGAAGAUAUAUUAGCAUCGCUAGAUAGAAUUAGAAAAUCUUUCGAUGCCAGAUCUUGCAAGAGCUCAUCGUUAGAACGCACAUUAUUGAAAGUUCAAACAUCUUCUCAACUUCUUUUAAGUAAGGCAGACGAGGCAAAGAAAAUUGUAGAAAGAGAGAAACAAAAAAUUAUUAAUGAAAAAGAAGAAGCAAUUAUAGACAAACAACAUAUGGAAAAACAAUUAUUGGAACUUAAAACAAAACUAGAAAAUCAAAUCGUUAAAGAUAAAAUGAUAAUUGACGAUUUAGAAGCAACAAUUUUGAACCAAAAGCUAAUAAUUGAUAGAAUAAAUAAGUCUUCUCAAGAUUACAUUUCUAAAUUAAAAGAUGAACUAGAUACUCUACAAAACCUUUACAAAAAUUCUGUAGACAAAAUAAGUGAACUGCAAGAAAGAUUGCAAAGCAUGACAGAAGACAAAGACAAGUUGUUGGAAAUGGUAGAAGAAAUAAAGGCGGACUUAAGAAAAAAAUCAAAUGAAGUAGCUGAACUCCAAAAGCAGUUAGACGCUCUAAAGAAUAAACCACAUCGUAACAAAGAAGCUCAGACUAAAACCGCACCCAUAUUUAGAAAUAUGGAAACUCAAACAGAUGAAGAAUUAUUGUUACCUGUCGAGGUAAAUACAAUUGACGGCACUGAAACCACUUCAGCCACUAGAGACAAGCUUGACUAUAUGGAAAAUAUAAAUUUAAUGGAAAUGAAUAAAGCACCUCUGGAUAAUAAACAUACUCAACUUGAAAUGCAGCCUGAAAAACCACAUUUGACAAAUGAAGUUCAAGUUUUAGCGGCAGCUCUAGAGCAACCAACCUUUGAAGUUAUCAAAAAUAGUUAUAUUGAUUAUAAAAUGAAAAGGUUGAAGCCAGGAAAGUUGGAACAGCAGUCUAUAACUUGUUUCACUGAUAAUGAUAAAGAAAAAACUGAGAGUAAAACCAACACCGACCCUAAGAUCAACGACCGUGCAGCUAAAAAGGCUCAUAAGUCAACAAAGAAAUAUGUCAAUGCAAAAACUCAAAGUAAUAACUUAAUAGAUAUUUACAACAAACAAUCGAUGCACACUGACUCUUCAAAAGGAAAUUAUGGAUCAGAUAAUAUCGCCAGCAGCAUGAUACCGUCUCAUAGUCAAGCUAAAUCUACUGGAUACGCCGCACAGGAAAAUUAUGGUACUGAAAACAAUAAGGCUAGUAAAUACAAGGAUAGUAAAACGUACGUUGCUUCAACUUCAGACAACUCGACAGAUAAAGAUUUAUUUGUUAUUUAUAAAGACAGUGAAAGUAGCUACAAUAACAAUAACAAAGUAAAGUCGAAAGGAACUUGGUCUGGUAAAGGCCAUUCUGAAAUAGUGGUUGAGGCCGUUACUGUCCAUCCUACGAAUAAUACAAUUAACAUCGACCCUAAAAAUUAUGGCGAAAAAGAUUCAUAUAUUUUUCAAGAAAAUGAUGAAACUAUUGUGGACGACAGUGUAAGACAAAAAUUGAAAAUUAGUUUGCCUAGAGUAGGAACAGAAAGUACUACAUCGGAUAUCGAUAAGAAAUCUUUGGGCUCAUAUACCAUUGCACUAUACUCUUCACCGAAACUACUUUCGGAUUCAGACACAAAAAUUAACGAAGACGGUAAAACUGUAAAGCAUGAGACAUCGUUUCCAACGAUAUCUAAUGAUGAUAAUCAAUUUACGGGGUCAUACCAUGAUAAUUACCUAAGAGUAGAAUCAGACGAAGAUGCUGUUAGAUUAGGAAAUAGGAAAAAUAAAGUCUUAGAAACUGACAGUGGUACAUCAAAACCAACAGAUUUCCAUGUUUCUAAGAAAAUGCCAACAAACUCAACUCCUUUUGGCAGCGAUUCAUAUCACAAGUUAUCAAGAGUAGAUGCCGAUGUACGUCUACUUAAAGCAGAACCAGACCAAAAGUCCUCUCAAGCUGGUAGAAAAAACUUUGGACUAGAAUACAUAAUGGAUACUGUGCAGGGCGAAGUUGAUCCUGAUGCGAUUAAAUAUUAUGCGACAAAAGAUUUGCGUAAGACAAGGAGUGAUGAGAGAUUUAAUUUAGUAAAAAUAAGAGAGAAGACGGACUCCAGCCCGUCUCGGCUAAGUGAAUUUAAAAUGUCAUCCACAGAAUACAAAACGAAUUCAAUUAAUAGUAAAUCUAGCGACAAAUCUCCAAAGUCAUUCACUGAACGUAGCAUAAUGGCUAAGUUAGAUGCUAAUAAUGAUUAUGAACUUAAAAUAAACUGUCUCACUAAAGCUCUGGAAAAUAUUGAAAAAGACUAUAAGAAAAAAAUAGAAGCUAUUAAAAUGCAAUAUGACAGUAAUAUCAAAAGCAUAAUCAAUGAACACAAUCAAGGUGUAAAAAGCAUUCAAAGUCUUCAUGAAGAGACACUACAAGAUAUAAUGAAACUUCAUGAGAAUGAAGUAGAAAAUUUACGAACAAUGAGCAUAGAAGCAAUGAGAAAGGCAGAAAAAUUGGAAAAAGAAAACCGGGCGCUGAAAACUAAAGCUUUAGAUUGCGGGAUUUCCAGUGUAGAUUUUGAACCGAUAAGAAUGUCGUCGCCCGAAAUGAGGAGGCAUAGAAAAUGUCGAGAGACUAGAAUGCUGACAAAGACAAACGUAGAGGCUUUCAAUGUGAAGCCGAAAUCUCGUUCCAAUGGUCCCUGUACGUGCUCCGUGGACGUUAAUAUAUCGGACACUAUUCGCAACAUAUUUGAGCAAGUCGACAUAGAACAACGUAAGAUGGCUGAACACACGUACCUAAAAUACAUUGCCAACAAGAUUCUAAAUGGGAACUUAGAUGGACCGUUGAAGCUGGAGGGUCUUCAAGCUUUGGAUGCUCAAGAGCUGUCGUUUCUUCACCUUAAGGUAUGUCGUACGUGGAAAACUAAACUCAGCAAGGAGGAAGCUCUUCAAAAGAGGAUAGACUCUUUGGAAAGCGAACUGAUGAGUAAACAACGGAAUGCGCAACAACACAUUGCGGAAUUAGACCGUAAGGUAGCGGAGGAGCGUCGACGGCUUCAAGAGGUUCGUGAAGCUGUUUGUCGCAGCACUCCCACUGGUUCUAGAGCCUGUAGUCCUGAGGUUACGCUGCGUUAUGCACCUCCUCCGAAUCCAGAUAUAGAAGGCUGCGCAUGUAUCCAAAGAGUCACUAUCGAAACGGGCGGGCGUAGGUCUGCUGGAGAUCUUGCCCCCGAACUCUCGAAUAUCGGCCUAAGACCGCGUCGCAUUCGACCCGAAACUAACAAGGCGACUCCCACAAGAGUUGACAUUGAUGAACGUCGGGAGCGAAGACUAUACCACGAUGAACCUCCGACUCGGCUGCGUCGGUCCCACGACCGACAAGGGCAGCGAUCAAGUAAAAAGUAA